AUGACUAUCUUGAAUUACAGCUCAUUAUUCUUCUUCUGUCAUUUUUUUCAUGUCCUUUGUAUUUUCUGGGCUCCCAAGGCUCUGCUGGGGAACCGAUAUGGCCAGCGAGCCCUCCCUCGUCUCAUCCCAGAGAAACAGUUUGAGGUUCUUUUGUCGAAACUGUCCAAAAAACCCGAAGGUGUCAAACUGCUGCAACAGUGGUUCUUGAAGGAUAACAAUGCCAUCCCGCCUACCUUCGUCCUCCAGCCAAUUACGGCUCACUUCCAAUACAGCGACCUCAGACCUGAGUGUGGGCCGCAGCGCGACAAAGACGUCCUUUCCUGGCGUCUCACAGAGACUCAACUGUUGCAGCUCCUACGCUCCGCUGCCACAGAGGCCGAGGCAGCGGGUGACAUCACAGCUGAGCAGAAACAGCUGUUCUACGCAUCAGUCACAGAGCGAGAGUUCGAUCAGGGUUUGUGCAAAGACGAAGGCUCGGCUCUGCUUUUCGUCCGAGAGAUUCCCCGCCAGAGGGUGAGGGAUGGUCCGAAACGUCUCGCCAAGUUCAUGGACGUGACUGCUGACGGCCUGUUGGACGGAGAAGCUAACGGUCUCCUCACUGCCCUCAAGUCUCGCCUCUACGCCUCAUCGCAGAAGAUCCUCAACCUGCACAGCGUGGAGCUGAGCAAGGGAAGCAUCGACCCGAAGCGCAAAGAGCACGCUCAGUACCUGGCCAGCAUCUGUGAGCAGUUUGCCUCCCAGAUGAAGGCCAGGAUAGAAGCAGCGGUUGAUUCUCCUGUGGAGGGAAAGCAGAGGAAGAUUUGGGGAAGCACUGAGGAAGAAAAAGAAGACUUCUCAGACUGGAUGGUGGAUGAGGUCAAGCACCAUGUCGCCAUGAGUGAUGAGCUGUGCAAAGGUCUCUACGGGAGGGAAGGUCUACUGGGUAAGAUCUGCCUCGUCAUGUGGGAGUCCACCAACGUCCGUCAUGGCCCGCUUGUGGUACAUGGUGCUGUCGGCAUGGGUAAGACGGCGCUGCUGUGCAAACUGGCGCAGGAGAUGCGGGCCGUCCUGGAGACCGGGGCGGUGUUGGUGAUCAGGCUGCUGUCCUCUCAUCAUCCUCAGAGACCAGAUGUCGACCACCUCCUUCGCAGCGUCUGCCUCCAGAUCUGCCUGGCCUGUAGUUUGGCUCCGCCCACUCCACUGACCACCAGCACACACCUGGAGCUGGUGAAGUUCUUCCAAAACAUCCUCGAAGACGUUUCCCAGCAGGGGAACACUCUGCUCAUCAUCCUCGACACCGUGGAUCAGCUGUCCGACCAACAUCACGCACACAAACUCCGCUGGCUGCCCACCGACAUCCCACCCAACGUCCACCUGGUGGUUUCCAUGGACACCAACAGUGAGGUGUUCGCUAACAUGCGGCUGAAGUCGGACACUUUGAAUAAGUUUUUUGAGGUGAAGCGUUUGUCUCUUGAUGAAGGAAAGCAGGUCAUGGAGUCGUACCUGCAGGCGUCACAGCGGACUCUGACCCCCGAGCAGAGCGCCGCUGUGCUGCACAGCUUUGAGCCGACCGGCUGUCCUCUCCACCUCAAACUGAUUCUGUCUGCAGCCAAACGCUGGACAUCUUUCACCCCGCUCACUGAGAUACGCCUGGGUGCCAACACACAGGAUAUGAUGUCACAGCUCUUAUUGACGCUGGAGCAGAAACAUGGGAGGGAGCUGGUGGGCGGGGCCUUGGGUUACAUCGCUCUGGCAAGGAACGGCCUGCUGGAGGUUGAACUGCGUGAUGUCAUGUCCCUGGACGAUGAUGUCAUCCGUGAGGUGUACAGGUACUCCCUCCCUCCGACGCCAUCGCUGAUCCGGCUACCCCCCCUCCUCUGGGCUCGGCUCAGACGGGACCUGGAAGACCUGCUGGAGGAGCGCUGGGCAGGCGGAGUCGCCACCAUCACCUUCAACAACCGGCAUCUGUGGGAGGCGGUUUUAACUCGGUAUCUGACGUCAGAGCGGCGAGGACGGAGCCUCAAGAUCCUGGCGGAGUACUUUCAGGGUCGCUGGUCUGGGAAACUGAAGCCAGCGUCUCUGCCGGGUCUGUCACUGCUCCUCUCUGAUAGAAAGGUCCCGCCCCAGCCGCUGUGGUUCAGUCCAGGAUUAGCUAACGUCAGGAAGCUGCAGGAGCUGCCCUAUCACCUGCUGCAUGCCGGUCUGUGGGAGGAGCUACAACAGGAAGUUAUUGGCAGCACUGAGUGGCUGUACUGUAAGAGCAGAGUGUGUGGGGUUUCCAGUGUGAUCCACGACCUGGACCAGUGCUCCCAGUACAUGGACUGCACCGAGACCAGACUGGUCCGAGACGCUCUGGUCCUGAUCAAACCCAGCCUGGACUUUCUGGAUGGUCACAUGGAUAUGUCUCUGUUCUACACCGAGCUGUUAGCCAGACUCUGCUCCUUGGCCACGCCGUUCCCCUCUGUGAUUGGUCAGCUGUGCAGCCAAUGUGAGGAAUGGUUGCUUACGUGUCCGGAGCCGAUCCUCGUCCCUAAAUGUAGUUUCCUGCAGCCGCCAGGAGGGGCGCUGCAGCACACUCUGCCGGGACUGCAGGGAGGUGUGCUCUGUGUGGAUGUCAGUCUGGAGGCGGAGCUUCUGGUCGCAGGUACAGAUGAAGGUGUGAUGGCGGUCUGGAGCCUCGCCGACAAACAGCUGAUACACAGUCUGCAGGGACACACGGCUGCCAUUCUGUCCAUCAAGGUGAUUAAAAGUCCCGCCCACUGCUUCUCAUUGGCUGCUGACGGCUCUCUGAUGAGGUGGAACCUGACGACCGGCCAACAGCUGCUCUGCAUACCUGAGGCGAUGCCCGCUGACCCUGCCCCUUCAUCCGUACACCUCCACCUGUCUGACCAGCUGCUGUUUAUAUACAGCAGGACACAGGUGAAGGUGUGGCGGCUGGACGGAGCUCCGCGGCUCCUCAGCAGCAGCAGUGAUGAAGGUUCGGUGGUUUUGGGAGUUCUGGAUGAUUGUGUGGUUUCUCUGUCCGACUCUGGUCUGGUCAGAUUAUCUCGUCCUGGUAACACGACUCAGACUCUGGAGAUCCAGCUGGAAAAAUCACAGAGGCGUCUGACUCCUGCGAGAUUUGUUACGUUACCGAAACGUGGAAAAGUGUUUGUGGUUUCUGAAGAAGGAUUCAUCUAUCAGAUUUCCAGGACGGGGAGACACACAGCGGACGAGUUUCCUCUGGUUCCUUCUUUGCUUUCAGUGACUGAAGAUGAAAAAAUACUGAUAGCAGGCAGCGAUCGGACUCUGAGCCUCUUUAACAUCGACAGAGACUCUGUUGACGGAUUCCUGAAUCUUCAACAUGACGACAGCGUUUUAUCCGCCUGCAUCUCCUCCGACAGCCGGCUGCUCGCCUCCGGAGCCGCUGACCAGCUGAUACGAAUCUGGUCUGUCACCACCGGCGCUUUGUUGGACUCUCUGUGUGCUUCAGACGCUCCCAUCUCUCUGCUUUUCUACGAUGGCUUUGUGGUUUCAUUGUCCGCAGCUGCUUCCUGCGUCCAGCUGUGGAGUCUGAAGUACGACGCUCGCCACAAACCGACCAAUCAAAUCCCUGCAGGCUGCGUCCACGUCGCUGUCACUAAGGAUGCUGACAGAGUUUUCUACAUCCGACAGCAGAGUCAGCACGAAGUCAUCAGCUGGAACAACAACACAGGUUCUCUAUCAGACCGUUUGCCGGUAUCUGCACAGGUGUGUUGUUUGGAGUUAGCUCAGCACAAACGUCUGCUGCUCUGCGGUUUGAAGACCGGCACAGUGCUCAUCUACCCGCUGGACCUUCCCCAGGAGACGCUAUGCAUUCCGCCUCCAGAGAGCCUCUCCAGGGUGCUGUGCCUGGCUGUCAGCUCCAAGGAGAAGCACGUGGCGGUGGCCUAUGAGGACUGUGUGUGUCUGUUUGAGAUCACCACCAGGGACAGCUUCCCCACGGUGGAGGGGCCCGUGGGGAGGGUCUCCCUGUCCUUGCUACAUGCCCCGCUGUCCUCUAUGGCACUGCUGUCCGACCGCAGGUUGCUGUACGGGACGAGCUGCGGGGAGGUGAAGCUGCACGACUUCGCCAGCAGCAGCUGCUCCGACCUGGAGUCCCACCGCAGCAGAGUGACCUGUGUGACGGCCAGUAACUGGGGGAAGCACGCUCUGGUGGGCUCAGAGGAUGCUGUGCAGAGACUGUGGGCCCUCAACCCGCUAAUACUGGACCACACCAUGGAGUAUAAGGGUUUUUUCUUCGAGGGCGUCCUCUCUGCUGCCUUCUCUGACAGCGACCAGUUUGUCUUCACAGGAUCUCAGGACAGAACUGUCAAAGUCUGGGACGUCAGCACAGGAAACCUUCUGUACGUUCAGUACGUGUACUCGCCCGUCGUCAGGAUGGUGACCUACAGGAACGGCUUUGUGGCGUUAUCGCAGCAGGGCUCCGUCAUCAGAGAGGUGUUUCGCUGUCCGGACCACAUCAGUCCAGACUUCAACCCUCUGAGGAACGUCAAGGCUCAGUAUCGGGUCACCUCCAGGGAGAAGAACCAGACCAACCCGCAGGCCUCCACCUCACACCUGCAGGACUUCAACCCAGCACAGCUCAACCUGAACCUCAUCAGCAUGCUCAAAGCCAAACCCUCCUCCACCUGCAUCAUACUGUAG